ACUAGAUCAUGUCACAUAUGAGCUGAGUGAACUUAAACUAAUUCUUCAAUGUAUGCCCUACAUUACAGAAAUGAGGUUCAGUGCUGCUCUCAGACAGCCCAAAGACAUCCACAAAAUUGUUAAGAUUGUUGUUGAUCUUUUCAUUCUUGCAUCUGAAAGUGGAGGGGGGAAACUAAGAAGCCUUUCUACAGCAUGCCGUUACUCAACCUUUCCCUUCGCUGAAGACAGCAAAGACAUGCAGAGCUCUUUCCUUAUGGGUCUCUUCACCCAGUUGAAGGAAAGUUCAUCAUGGAAGACUGCACUACCAGCAUUGAAGCCCAUUCUUCAGGUUGCCCCUGCUUUAUGGACAUUGGACCUACAAAAACUAGAGAAGACUUUUGCUCUUACUGAACUACUGAAGCUUCAGGCCAUCAAAAAAACUGUGGAGCUCAUAAGCUGGUCAUGUGAAAGAGAAAAACUUAGGAGUUUCCUAAAUUGUUUACCCUAUAUUUCACACCUUUGCUGUAAUGAGCAGUUUUUCCAGUCUGUGUGUGAAGUCCUUUCAGCAGACAGCGAAUGGAAUCCAAAACAGAUUGCUGAGCUUUUAAGAUCCCUUGGUUUUAGCAUUUCUUUGAUAGACAUGCUGCCAAGUCGCCUCUGCGAAGCUGUUGGCAAUGUUUUUAAACUGCUGGACAAAGAGGAGGACAUCUCCCUCAGUCUUCUUCCUCAAAGGAUCUCUUGUCAAGGUUGUGCCUACCUCUUUUCAAAUGUGAAAAAGCUUCAAACAUUGAG